AAGAUAGAGCGAUGGUUAUUGGCAGGAGGUGGUCCCCACGGAAGGACCCCGAGGCCGGAGGACGGGGCGAUGCUGCGCCUUCCCUGCCGAGUGGUGCGCUCCGGGCGAGGCCUUGCCUUCUAGCCGCCCCGAACGACCGCUCCCUGCAGCCUCACCGUGGACCUUCCGUCCUGCGGCCGCGCUCCAGCCUCCGGAUGCUGCUGCUGCCCGCGAUGCGUGGCCACGCCCUCCUGGCCCGCGCCUGGAGGGGCGCCGGGCUUCAGCGGAAGCACGUCUCCUCCUUGAAAGUGGCCAAUGAGCCCAUCCUAGCCUUUACACAGGGCAGCCCUGAACGAGAUGCACUGCAGAAGGCUCUGAGAGACCUGAAGGGCCAGACGGAAGCCAUCCCAUGUGUGGUGGGAGAUGAAGAGGUGUGGACAUCGGAUGUGCAGUACCAGCUGUCGCCCUUUAACCAUGGACACAAGGUGGCCAAGUUCUGUUACGCAGACAAGGCUUUGAUCAACAAAGCCAUUGAGGCUGCUUUGGCCGCUAGGAAAGAAUGGGAUCUGAAGCCUGUGGCAGACCGGGCACAGAUCUUCCUGAAGGCAGCUGAUAUGCUGAGCGGGCCACGGAGGGCAGAAGUCCUUGCCAAGACCAUGGUGGGACAGGGAAAGACAGUGAUCCAAGCGGAGAUUGAUGCUGCGGCUGAGCUGAUUGACUUCUUCCGGUUCAAUGCUAAGUUCGCCGUGGAGCUGAACGGUGAGCAGCCCAUCAGCGUGCCGCCCAGCACCAACCGUGUGGUGUACCGCGGACUGGAGGGCUUCGUGGCAGCCAUCUCGCCCUUCAACUUUACUGCAAUCGGAGGCAACCUGGCAGGCGCACCGGCAUUAAUGGGCAACGUGGUCCUGUGGAAGCCCAGCGACACUGCCAUGCUGGCCAGCUAUGCUGUUUACCGCAUCCUCCGGGAGGCUGGCCUGCCCCCCAACAUCAUCCAGUUUGUGCCAGCUGAUGGACCCAUUUUUGGGGACACGGUCACCGGCUCAGAGCACCUCUGUGGCAUCAACUUCACAGGCAGUGUGCCCACCUUCAAACACCUGUGGAAACAGGUCGCCCAGAAUCUGGAUCAGUACCGCACCUUCCCACGCCUGGCUGGAGAGUGCGGUGGGAAGAACUUCCAUUUUGUGCACCGCUCGGCUGACGUGGACAGUGUGGUGAGCGGGACCCUGCGCUCAGCCUUCGAAUAUGGUGGUCAGAAGUGCUCAGCCUGCUCACGCCUCUACGUGCCACAAUCACUGUGGCCACAGAUCAAAGGGCGGCUGCUGGAGGAACACAGCAGGAUCAAAGUGGGCAACCCUGCAGAGGACUUUGGCACCUUUUUCUCCGCAGUGAUUGAUUCCAAGUCCUUUGCGCGCAUCAAAAAGUGGCUGGAGCAUGCACGCACCUCCCCCAGCCUCAGCAUCCUGGCUGGGGGUAAGUGUGACGAGUCUGUGGGUUACUACGUGGAUCCCUGCAUCAUCGAGAGCAAGGACCCACAGGACCCCAUCAUGAAGGAGGAAAUCUUUGGGCCUGUGCUGGCCCUGUACGUGUACCCUGAUGACAAGUACAGGGAGACUCUGCAGCUGGUCGACAGCACUACCAUCUAUGGCCUCACGGGGGCAGUGUUCGCUCAGGAUACGGAAAUUGUCAAGGAAGCCACGGAGAAGCUGAGGAACGCUGCUGGCAACUUCUAUAUCAAUGACAAGUCUACUGGCUCAGUGGUGGGCCAGCAGCCCUUCGGGGGUGCACGGGCCUCUGGAACCAAUGACAAGCCAGGAGGCCCUCACUACAUCCUGCGCUGGACCUCGCCCCAGGUCAUCAAGGAGACGCAUAAGCCGCUGGGGGACUGGCGCUACUCCUAUAUGGAAUGAACCCCAGCCUGUGCCUGUCCAUCCAGGCAUGUCUACCUGUCUGCCCAUCCAAGCAAGUGAUGUCACUACACUGACCCCAACCCUGUCCCUCAUCAGUUCCCCCUGGACCCUCUACAGCUGAGCUUGAUUGACCUUGUCCUGGCCACUGACCUAUAUCCUGACCCAUCCUGUCCUUCAUGUCAGAUGCCCAGGCUCCAGCUUAGGGUCAUGUUGGGGAGGAACAGGGCCACCCUGGAGAUUUAUUCCACCUACUACAAACCACCCUGGUGCCUGACAGGCUCUCCACCUGUCUGCUUCUCUCUCUCAUCCUGAACCCAGUGGCUGAGGGACCUGGAGAACAGAAAUAGACUGGCUCUUGGGACCCUGUGGGGAAAAGAGCCCCAGCUCCCUGCAGCCUCACCGCUCAGCUCCUCCAGGUCUCCAGUGAGAUAAGACCUUGGGUGACUGCAAGGGGGUACAGCUGACCUUGCUUCUUGGUCUAGGCUAGAUCCGCUGCACGCAUCUAUGCCCAGUCAUGUGUCUUGGACCCAUGUGCCUUCCUCCAGAGUCCCUGUGUUACUCUGAGGCCCUCAUCCCUCCUGGUCACCUGCUGGGAGUGGUGGCAGAUUCUCAGGGUUGGCCUCUGCUGUUGCUGUGUCCUCAGCUCUUCUGGUCCUACCCUUGGGGAUGUCCUUCCCAAAACCCAUCUCAGGGCCUGAGUUCUACCCAGGCAGCAGUUACUGUUCCCUCUGUCCCUGAGACAGAGCCUGGGCUUCUCCUCCAGCCCAGGCCAAGGAUGUGGCCUGGAGUGUCUUUUCCAUAGCACCCAAGUAGCUCUGUGUGGUCCCUCAGUUGCCUAUUCUUGUUGAAUGCAGCCAGGAGUAAGCUCCUGCUUGUCCUGGAUGAUCAGUGGUUACUAAGGCCAGACCUUUAGGGAUGGUUUUUAGGAAUCAGAGAGUGCUGGGUUCCCUCUCAAGGACAGCUGGAUGGGGGACCCCAUGGAGCUGGUGUGGCCAUCUCCAAGUGCCCCUCUUUCUCACCAUGGCACACACUCAGGGGCAGGUGCCCAAUACCAGGUGGGCUCUGGCUCUGCCUCCUUCCAGGGUCUGUGUUGUUGGGGGCUGCUGGUUCUACACUGAGGGGGAACAGGGGUAUUCCUGCUGCCUCCCAAUAAAACGCCUGCUACCUAAUCAAAGUGGUGGUCUUUGAAGAGUGGAUAAAGAUGGAGGAUCACUG